CUAGAAGCUCUCUUAUCCUCAUAACCUUAUCCUGCCAAUCAAUUUCUCUACCAAGCAAGAACAAAACAAACAGUUUCAGGAAUGGAGUAUGUAAGUCCUUUUGUUAAAACUACAGUUUCAGUAAUGGAGUAUUUUGCUGAAGAAUUGAAGAAACGCUUGGGUUUCUUGGUAUUCUCCACGGAGUAUGUUGAAGAUAUGAAGAAGAAACUGGACCAAUUGAAUCACAUAGAAAAAGAUAUUCAAGAAAAUGGAUCAGAAUCUCAUAGAAAGAGGAAAUGGUUAGAAGAUGUCAAAGAUUUAAAUGAAAGAAGUAAUUUUAUGGAUGAAGCACCCAGCUUCUUCAAUGUGGCCAAGAGAUACAAGUUGGGAAAACAAUCUUAUGGUAUUCCCGAGGAGAUAAAAGAUCUUGAAGACCGAGAAUCCAAAAUCGUCGUUACUCAUGCGCAAAGACCUCUUGCUGAGGUUGGUUCUACUUCUACUGGGCCAUCCACCUCUGCACCCGUUCUUAUGGGUACCCAAAACAACUUCAAGUCCAGAGAUUCGAUAUACAAGGCUGCUUUGGAAUCCCUUCAAUCAAAUGACGAGUCCCACAAGAUGAUUGCUCUGUGUGGGAUGGGUGGUGUCGGCAAGACCACAAUGAUGGAACAACUAAAGAAGGAAGUGGGAGCUUCAAAUUCUUUUCAUUGGGUUGUGAAGGUGGUUCUUGGGGAAAACACCGACGUAAUUGCUCUUCAACGAGCUAUUGCAAAGUACAUUGAUUCUGAGGAUUUAAAAGAAGAAGCUAUAGAUGCAAGGGCUGAUCGUCUUCAAAAAAAAUUUGAAGAGAUGUCAAAACAAGGAAAGAAAACUUUGGUAAUAAUGGACGAUAUUUGGAGCGAGGUUGAUCUUAAAGAUGUUGGACUAAGUCCAUUGCCAAAUGGGUUUAAGUUGUUGUUCACAUCACGAUUUGAAAAUGUUUGCGCUCGGAUGGGUGUUAAAACUGACUCGGUUUUUAAAAUACGUGUCUUAGAUGAAGCAGAAGCAAAAACUUUAUUUUUUGGAAUUGUGGGACCAUCUAUGUUAGAUGGUGAUGAACCUGAGCUCCAAAAGAUAGGAGCAGAUAUUGUGAAUAAAUGUGGGGGUUUGCCCAUUGCCUUAAAAACCAUUGCCAAAAGUCUUAUCGGUAACAUAAAGGAGGCAUGGCAAGAAACACUUUCAAAUCUACAACAUGAAGACCUUCAAGACCUUAAUGACAUCGUCCAUAAAGUUUUUGAAAUGAGCUACAACAAUCUUAAAAAGGAGGAUGACAAAUCAAUUUUUCUUCUUUGUGGCUUAUAUCCUGAAGACUUUGAUAUUCCUAUCGAGGACUUGAUGAGAUAUGGAUGGGGAUUGAACUUGUUUACUAAAGUGCAUACUUUAAGAGAAGCAAGAAGACGAACAAUCGUAUGUGUUAACAACCUAAUACAAGCAAAUUUGUUGACAGAAAGUGACUGCAUGGGAUGUGUAAAGAUGCAUGAUCUCGUGCGUGUUUUUGCUUUAAGUAAUUUUUCAAAAGUCAAACAAGCUUCAAUAGUCUGCCAUGAUAAUAUGUCAGGGCAACCACUUAUAAAAAAUGCAAAAGAGUCUUAUGAUAGAGUUUUAUUAAAGUGCACAGGUAUUUCUAAAUUUCCUGUAGACUUUAAUUACCCAAAUCUCUCACUCUUGAUUGUAAUGGAUGGGAAUGACCUACUCAAGUUUCCGCAACAUAUUUAUGAAAAUACAGAAAAACUUGAGGUUGUCUGUUAUGACAAUAUAGGUAUUCCAUUGCCUUCGGUGGUGUUCGAACACUCGACCAAACUUCGACCACUAUGCCUUCGUUCAUGCUCGUUGAUUGAAGAUAUAUCUUUCCUUGGAAGUCUUAGCAACUUGGAAGCAUUGAGCCUUGUUGAUUGUGGAAUAAGAAGGUUGCCAUGGAAGAUAGGAAUGUUGAAAAAACUGAAGUUACUAGAUUUGACUGGAUGUGUUGACCUACGCAUUGACGAUGGUGUCUUUCAAAACUUGGGCAGCCUUGAAGAACUUUAUAUGAGAGCUUAUUAUUACAGUCCUAUUAGGUUCACAUAUGCCAACUGUGACGAAUUGGAGAUACUUUCGCAGAAGCUAUUUGCAUUAGAGUUGGAGUUGUUUAAGAGCAAAACCCAACCGAAACACUUGUCUUUUGAAAAUCUUGAAAGGUUCAGAAUAUCUAUCGGUUGUCGAUUGGAUGAAUUGAAGGACGAUGAGAUACAUUCAUUCAGAAAUACGAUUAAAUUAGUUGGUGAGUGCAAUGAACUGGUAGAAUGCAAAAUCAGUGAUCUAUUUGAGAAAACAGAGGAGCUUCAUUUAAAAGUGAAUGAUAUGAAUCAUGUUGAAAAUGUGUGGAUGCAUCACUCAUUUUCUAAUUUAAAGGUCCUUUAUGUUCAUAAUUGUAAAAGGUUGACAUACCUCUUCACAGUUGCCAUGGCAAGUGGUUUGAGGAAACUGGAGCGGCUCGAAAUCUCCAAGUGCCCUGUUAUGAGAACACUCAUUGAUGAGGAUUAUGUUGGCCCCAAAAUGGAUCUUGAUCUCUAGACAAUUGAAUAACUUGAAUAUAAACUGAAUAUCUGAAUACAUGAAAUGUUGAGAGUGAUUUACAAAUGAGAAAUCUAUCCCUAUUUAUAGUU